UAUUUUACAGGGUAUUUGCACCUUAACACUCUGCAUAAUUGAAAGGAUUAGUCUCCGAUGUCUUUAGUGCUGUUGUCUCUAUUGUGUGUGUGUGUGUGUGUGUGCGUGUGUGUUUUGGGCGGGUACACACAGAAACACGUAUAGGUAACUAAGGUCAGUGAAAAGCUGAAUGAAUUAAGCGAUUAGAAAAUCUACAUUUCAGUGGGAAAGUGCCUGAAAGCUUCAAUCAACCCUCAUGGCAAUGAAAUUAAGACAGUUUGGCUUUAACAGCAGACGAUUUACAGCGCACUGGAAUCGCCGGAAUGGGGAAAUUACGCAGCACUGUCGAUCGAUUCAUGUCGUCAACCCUUCUGCUUUGAACAUCAGCUAUGUCCAUGGCCCUACUUCUGUGUCUCUCCUCUCUCUGACUGUUGGUCAGAGUUUACAAACAACAGUGAAUAAAUGGCCUGACCGAGAGGCUUUGGUCUUUCUUCAGGAUGGAGUUCGAAAAACAUUCUCUCAGUUUCAGCAUGAAGUGGAUCAUCUGGCUGCUGGUCUUCUCGCACUCGGCUUGCAGAAGGGCGACAGGCUCGGCAUCUGGGGACCAAACACUUAUGAAUGGGUCUUGUUCCAGUUUGCCACGGCAAAGGCUGGAAUCAUCAUGGUGUCGUUGAAUCCAGCUUAUAAAGUCAAUGAGUUGGCAUUUGCCCUGAGAAAGGUGCAAUGUAAUGCAGUUGUGUGCCCUACUCAGUUCAAGAGCCAGAAGUUCUAUGAUACGCUGAGACAGAUCUGCCCAGAACUCAACACUGCAGUGUCUGGUAGUAUUAGGAGUGCCAGGUUGCCAGAUAUGCGUAAUGUGAUUGUGACAGACAGCAAGGAGUCUGGUAUGUUGCAUGUGGACGAUGUGAUGCAAGCAGCAGAGAGUCGGCACUACCAGCAGCUGGACAGCUUACAGAAGAUACUAAGCCCGGAAGACCCCAUCAACAUUCAGUUUACUUCGGGUACAACUGGGAACCCAAAAGGUGUCACACUGUCCCACCACAACAUUGUAAACAAUGCAUAUUUCAUUGGGCUGCGCAUGGGCUACAGCUGGAGAGCAGAGGUGCGUGUUUGUGUUCCUGUGCCCAUGUACCACUGCUUUGGGUCUGUUUUGGGUGGAAUGUGCAUGGCGAUACAUGGCAUCACAUUGGUCUUUCCUUCAGCUGCAUAUGAUAGACAGGCGAACUUGGAGACUAUUCAGAAAGAGAAAUGCACAGUUAUCUAUGGUACCCCAACAAUGUACAUUGACUUGCUGAGUCAGGGAAACGUUGAGAACAAUAACUUGUCUUCACUUGAAACAGGUGUCAUGGGUGGAUCCUCGUGUCCCCCUGAAGUCAUACGGAGAGUGAUGAGUGACAUGAAGGUUAAAGAGAUAACGGUGGCUUACGGAACUACAGAAAACAGUCCAAUCACAUUUCUGGGGUUUCCUUUGGACAGGCUGGAUCUUAAGACUGAUAGUGUUGGGUACAUCAUGGACCACACUGAGGCUAAGGUAGUGGAUUCAUCGUCUGGGCGACUGCUUCCUCUGGGCCAACCUGGAGAGCUGCUCGUUCGAGGAUACUGUGUCAUGCAGGGCUACUGGGACGAGCCUGAUAGAACACAGGAGAGCAUCUCAGAGGACGGCUGGUACAAGACAGGUGAUAUCGCCAGCCUCAAUCAAUAUGGCUACUGUCGUAUUGAGGGACGCAUAAAGGAUAUGAUUAACCGUGGUGGGGAAAAGAUCUUCCCUGCUGAGGUCGAGCAGUUUCUUUACACACAUCCGAAAGUGAAAGAUGUUCAGGUGGUUGGUGUGAAAGACGAUAGGCUGGGAGAGCAGGUUUGUGCCUGCAUUAAGGUAGCAGAAGGACAGCACUGCACUGUGGAGGAAAUCAAGGCUUACUGCAAAGGCCAGAUCUCCCACUUCAAAAUCCCACAUUAUGUGAUGUUCGUUGAGCGUUAUCCUCUUACUGCUUCUGGGAAGGUAAGGCUCAUUAUUCAGUGUUCUAGAAAAAUAUCAUGUGUCACAGUGAGACAAGUGUGUGCUAAGGACCUGAAUAAUACACGUUUGUUCGCCACCUCAGAUCCAGAAGAAUAAACUGCGUGCAGAAAUGGAGGACAGACUCGGACUGUGAUGCUCAACACUAUUUCCAAAGAACAGGGAUCCAUAGUUGCACAUUUUAGCAUAUUAGAGAUUUUUUAAAGAUUUUUUUUAGAUAUUUAGAUUUUUUUAGAUUAGAUUUUUAAAAUUAAUUACAAUGGAUAAGCAAUCACAUUUUAUAACUGACAUUUUAAACUUUAUUGGACAACUAUUUUAUCAUUAUAUUUUGAAACAAUAUACAAUAUGUAAAAUUCACUCUUCCUCUCAAAAACAUGCCAUAAGUAAUUUGAAAUAAAUUAAUGAGCUGUAAGACCCAGUCUUGAUAUGUACAAAUUGCCUGGGCAAACUUUUAAUGCUUACAAUCUUAUAUACAUGUGACAAUGCAGAGUCAAUAGAGUGCUCAAUAACUUAAUAUACUGUGUGAAAUUAAAUACUAAAGGGCAAAAAAAGUGCUCCAACAUUGUGUGGUUUACAAAGUGCUGGUACAGGCAAGCUGAACUGAAAAACAGAAACAACCGUCAGAAGCACAGACCUGUGAAUGAAAUAAAUUAACAGUGAAGGUCAAACCAACCAGCAAUGUCAAGAAGCAUGAGACAGAGAUGAGGUUAACACAGCCACUAACAAUUCCUCAACCAAUGUACUUCAACUGACAACACCUCAUCAUAACCAGUUUACAUAGCCAUAUAAUGUUCUAGAGAUAAAACAGUAUCAUCUUUAUUAUAACCAUUCUAAGCUAGGAUGCUGGCUGGAGUAAUGUUAAACAUGUACUACUGAGAAUAGGUGUUUAACGUGCUGUAGUUGGAAUUAUCAGAUCAUUUGUUGCACAAACUGUCUAAAGCUAAUAUAGGGACAGUGAGGUUUUCUAUGUCAGUAGCUAUCCAACCAGCCUGCUGAAGCAGCAUACAAAGCAGAGACACACACGUGAAUAAUUCAAAGGGCCACUAUUGAGAGUAGGGGAUCUUUCCAUGUUGUUUUGAACGGCCGAAACAGUACAUUCCAGGUCAACCCCCCACCGCUCUCAGUAGAAAAUAAUCUAAUUAGAAUGUGACUCUGAAUGCAAACAACAUAGAAUUCAGUUAAAGAGGUAUAUGCUGUAUGCGUCGCUGAUCUUUUCCAUUGCUGCUUCUCGGAUGUGUACACACAGCCACCCAACCUCAAAUAUAUUUCUGACCUAAAACAAAAUCCCAUUUAACCAUUUUUUUUUUUUUUU